AUGCCACCAGCAGUCAUGAUGGCACCACCACCACCACAAGCGGUCGCGAUGCCAACAUCAGUGGAGAUGCGCCCACCACCAGCAGUACCACCACAGCUACCUGGUGCUCCACAGCCAACAUCAGUGGACAUGUGCCCACCACAGCUACCUGGUGCUCCACAGCCAACAUCAGUGGACAUGUGCCCACCACAGCUACCUGGUGCUUCACAGCGCAUCGACUGCAACGCGAGGCAUGCAGGCUGGCCCUUUGCUGCCGCAGGUCCAAGAACUGCUUCUACACCUACCAUAACUCUAAAGCAGCACACGACGAGUUCUGGGAGACAAAGGCACAGACCAAGGCCACCUCUUGGUUUCCCUUUCCCUUCUCGUGGAUCAUAUACCAUUCCCUUCCUCCUGAACCGCUGUUACGGGAAACCAGGAACGUGUUUGAGGUGCUCGAACUUGGAUGUUAAUGGUUAUUGUGCGAUUUUGUUUGAAUACAAUGUGGGUGUGUAUACAAAAUCAGACACAGCAAGCAGAAAUGAGUUUCGUUUCUGUGAGUUCUUUCUAUGA